CGUAAUGACCGCUAGUAGUUUAAAAACUAGCAACAUAGACGACACCACGGAGGAAACGGAGCGCAUAAAAUGCUGGAUUUGUCCAGCAAAGUAUUUCGACAACGAGCAGAGUUAUCAAGAUCACACGGAGAAAAUCCAUCAAGGUUAUCAAUUUCGGUGUGAGGAAUGUGAGGAGGAGGUUUUGUUCAAAGAUCUGCACGAAGCCCGACAGCAUGUUGACGACAAGCAUGACAUUAACACUGAACAAUGUCCUGAAUGUGGGGAAUCAUUCAACGAAUUUAACCUAAGGAAACACCUCCUCCUAGUGCACCAGCAGACACGACAGUACAAAUGUGCCCUCUGUGAGAACCAGGAAUUCGCGGAGCGGGAAGACUACGAAAGUCACAUUCAUAACCAGCAUCAGGGCUACCGUUGCAAGUGCACCAUCUGCCAUCGGCUGCUGAAGGGUAAGCUAAGAACUCACAUCGAAUACAUCCACUCGGAGGGCACGGCAAGGUGCAACAUCUGCAACAAAGAGUACAGCAACAAGUACAAACUGAUGCGGCACCUGAAAUGCCACACUGAUCCGCGGGAUCCCGGCGCCGUGGUACGCUGCGAACGAUGCAACGAAACGUUCGAGAGCGUCAGCAAGUUGAACUAUCAUAAAACAAAGCAUCAAACCAAAAUCUACCAGUGCGAUAAGUGUUCGAAAAUGUUCUACCGAAACGGUGCUCUGGUUCAGCACCAGAAAAGUCACGAAGGCGAACAGGAGCUGAGCUGUGAUAGGUGCAAUAAAUGCUUUACGACCAGCAAUGGUUUGCGCAAACAUUUGACGUUUCAUGAAAAAAUGCCGAUUGUAUGACAUCCAAUCGAAGAAGGCGUCGAA